AUGAAGUUUGUCCUCCCUGCCCUCGCCAUUUUCGCCUCUCUGGCCGUUGCGGAAAAUUGCCAAACCGGUCUUAACUACUGUUCUUUCACCCUUAUGGGUAAAGGUAACUACCACCAGGAGAUUCUUACUGCCUUGGAUGAGGCUGGGGUCGAUCCUGCAACAGUCAACUACGACUACUUCCUUUACCACUGCGAUGGCGGCAGCAAUGGCGCUAUUCACAUGAAAGAGAGGUGCCCUAAGGGAUGCAAGGACGGUGGUGACAACAAGUCCGACGAGUGCUAUUAG